AAUACCGUAGUAGCUUUGCCGUAGCGCAUCGCAGCGACGGACUGCGUGGUUCCCGGCAAUAUAGGGAGGGUUAGUUUAUGUCGGCGUUAUAUCCUCACCGGCUUUUUUUCUUUCUUUUUGUGUUUGUUUGUCUGGGUUUUUUUUAUUUCAUUUUAUUUUUUCAAAACCAAACGUUUGUCUCAAAUUGAGCUGCGAGGAUUCGUCCGCUUCUCAGUAUAUUGCCUCAGCAGGUCCGUCACUUUGAUCCCAGCUACGCGAGCCACAUGCUUCAUUUGCACAUCACGGCAGUUGCCCCCCAAAAAAUGCCAGCCCUAAUCCAGAAUAAUGCGUGAGAGGAGAACAAAUGGAAGGAGACUUUUCGGCAUGAAAGUUUGCGGAGCCGCGUCGGAGCACCUCGGAGCAAUCGGCGGCGCCGGCAGGAGCCGAAAAUGAAGCGGGGACGUGAGCUACGCACUCACCCAGCAGCAGAUGUGAAUAAAUGGAGAGCUUGGGAAACGCUGACCGUUUGAAUCCAAGCUCUUCCGGUGGCUCCCACGCCGACCCGGCGACGCAGGAGAGACUUACGCACGGCCGGCAGCGCGUCCUUGGAGCCGCCGAGCCGAACCCGUGCUGCCAGGUCAGUAUGGGGCUGAAUGGUUACUGCUCGGCACCGGCAGUAGAUGUAUACGCCGCUCUGGCCUCCCAAACCCUCGGCCCUGUAAAGAAACAGCCCAAAACCGGGCAGGCGUUUAUUAACGGCGGAGUGGUGGUGACACCGUCCGCCAAAGUCGAGGGGAGCCACAGCGGCAUUUUGGCUCCAACGCCACAUGUUUACCCCCCACCAGUGAUGGGCUUAUUAGCGGAGGUACCCGCUGACCCCACACACCCCCUCACGAGUAGAGCAUGCCUAGUGGAGAACAGCAGGACGCCUCAUGAAAAAUGUGCUUUGUUGACACGAAGGGUUAACGGGGACCUGAGAGCCAGGCAAGUGCAGCAACAGAAACGUAGGAGUGGAGAAAACUGGGAUAUGAGGGCGGUGAGUAAUGGUCUUCUGGGCUUGCCGUUGUUGGGUUCUGUGGACUCCGUUUACAACUCAGAAGACUCGGUGACACCGGAUUUCAAACGGAGAAGGUUGAUAGAGGCAAACGUCAAUCACAAAUCAGAGCUCUCCAGAGCAGCCGAGGUGGUAGCCCCGGUCACUGUUAACAAUAGCAGCGACAAUAUCUACAGCAACCAAAUGAACCACAAUAAUCCCAUACACUAUGCCGCUCGCCAGCCUGCCGCCUCUCCUCCCAGCUCCCACAGUAAGCUCUACCACAACGGUCACAAAGUGGACUCACUUGGCCCACCGGCUGCUCCCGGUCAGACCUCACCAAUCGAGGCAACUAGUAUGCCGGCCUUACCACUACCAGCGGGGGCUGGCUGGUCUGCGGAGCGUAUUGCCCAGCAGUUUAUUGUCCCCUGUAUGAAACACUACGGUAUCUGUGUGAAAGACAGUUUUCUGGGCCCUCAGCUUGGUGAGCAGGUUCUAGAAGAAGUUGAGACUCUGAAUCGCAGUGGAAGGUUCCGGGGUGGACAACUUGUGAGCCAGAAGAACAUCCCAUCUCGGAGUAUACGGGGUGACCAGAUUGCCUGGGUGGAAGGACGAGAGCCAGGUUGUGAGAGCAUCGGGGUGCUGAUGGCUCACAUUGAUGAGGCUGUCAUGUACAGUGCUGCCAAUGGACAGCUGGGGGACUGUGUCAUCAACGGACGCACUAAGGCCAUGGUGGCUUGUUACCCGGGGAAUGGAGCCGGAUAUGUCCGCCACGUGGACAACCCGAACAGUGAUGGUCGCUGCAUCACAUGCAUCUACUAUCUCAACAAAAACUGGGAUGCCAAGAAGCAAGGAGGACUGCUGCAGAUCUAUCCUGAAGGGAAAAAUGUGGUAGCCAGCGUUGAACCUCUGUUUGACCGGUUGCUAAUCUUCUGGUCUGACCGCAGAAACCCACACGAAGUCAAGCCAGCCUUCGCUACUCGGUAUGCCAUCACAGUCUGGUACUUUGAUGCCAAAGAGAGAGCGGAGGCGAAAGAGAAGUACCGAUUGGCAACAGGACAGAAGGGUGUUCAAGUGCCUGUCACUCAAAGCAACAAGACAUAAAUUUAAUUCGACUACUGGAGAGCACUCUGAGCGCAUUAUGUGCCUUCCUGAACUGAUAUUGGACUUAAUGGUUUUAAAGGGAGACACUGGCAAGCUGUCGAUCAACACUGCAGGCCUCACCCCAGUCUUUCAGCGUUAACUGUCAGCCCCUCCCACCCACCCAACCCGGUGACGGGAUGUUUUCUCAACCUCCGAUUGGGCUGCUGAGCAAAGACGUGCUGAAUCUAGAGUUCAAUUGGAUCACACUUCGUGGAGGAGGCGGGGUUCGAGUCGCUCACAUGUCCGAAGAGGAAGAAGAUUAAGUCCAUCUCUUCCUUUGAGGAUUAUUGGAGUUGUCUAUGAGGGACGACUCCUGACAACAAAGUACUUCAUUUAUUUAUUUAUUUUUCCCGUUGCAGUUUUGCCUUUAUAAUAAUCCUUGCUGUAUUGAUGUAAUCAGAAAUCGUUUUCUCUCUGCUCUGGCAUGCUGCUUCAGUUCAAACUGAGGGAGCGUGUGCAAGAAGUGCAUGAGUAAGCAGUGGGAAGAAGGGGGUAUAAAGAGCACAAGCCAACCGACGGUCAAGAUCUCUCAGACCCCAAACCCUCUUUUAUUUCCCUCUGUCUCUGCAAUAACUACAUGAUUUGUUUUGCAUCACAGGGAAGGCUACACUUGAGCUGAUGUGUGUGUGUGGGUGUGGGUGUGUGUGCGUGCACAGUCUAAUUACAGAGGGGUAUAAAAGACAUGGUCCUUUACAUGGUCAGUGAAUGGCUGUUAGAGGGAAAAGUUGCUCUUUAGCAUCCGCCGACAUCCAGUCCAUCCAUCCUAAGCACUGUUCUUAAACCCCACAGGGGGGUACUUAGAAGUGACUGAUGGUCCAACCCAGAAGCAACUAUAUGUCAAAGUGGUCCUCGAUAUAGCACAAAGUGCAAGAGGGAAGCGAGCAGUGGAUAGCAAUAGCUAUAGCAGAUUGUUUAGCUGAAGCUAAACAGUCUGUGUAAACUUGGUGUCAAACUGUAAGUGCUUUCACAACUGCCUCAAAAUGUCUGCGUUUGUGACAGUAGGUCGUGUCAUCUAGUUGAAUAUUCAUCAAUAUUCUCCGGUGCAUUCUGACAGCACAGUAAUUUGAUUCUCGGUUUUGGCGCCCGUGUAACAGAUAUUGAAGACUGCACAUACAAUACACAACGUUCUUAAAGCUAGAUUGGUAUGCAAUACUCUGCGUCGCAGAAAGACGCACAGCACAUACUGGAGACGUUGCAGUUAAUUUGUCUGAAGAGGGGUCUGAACGACAUUCGCUGUGUGUGUGUGCUGUGUGUGUGUGUGUGUGUGUGUGUGUGUGUGUGUGUGUGUGUGUGUGUGUGUGUGUAUGCACGAGAGAGAGAUGAAGAGAAUGUGCAUAUGUGCACAUGUGCAAUCGUCACACAUUUAACUUGACUGUCCCCUGGUCUCACAUCAGAGAUGAGUAUGUCAUAAAUGUGGACGUUGUUGAACACACACACACACUCUCUCUCUCUCACACAUGCGGCCGCAUACACUCAUGGUUAUAAGAACUACCAAUUAAAAAUAACUAAACAAAUUGAUCAAACUGACCAGAAUUUUACUAAAGAAAAGCUUGGCUGAAUCACUACCUCGGUCAACUUUUACAUGUCAAUCUGUUUACUAAGCACAUAGAGUAUACACUGUAUUUGAAAUGCAGUGUAAAACUACUGCCUACUUGUGUGUGUGUGUGUGUGUGUGUGUGUGUGUGUGUGUGUGUGCGCGCGCGUAUAGAAUUCCACUGUGUUGACUGGGGUUGGUUGCAGAUGUUGUCUCAGUGCGUGUUAAAUUGGUUCAGUGAGAAAGUUAUUUAAAAAAAAAGCACUUUAUUUGAAUUGCCAUACGUGGAUGAUAGAGGUGAAACUAUAAUUGAAAAUGUAGUCUAAUGCUUUUAUGCUGUGGAUAAUAUGGUCAAUCAAAUGUAUUAGAAACUAAAUCUGAGAACAAAUUGUUUGCCUAAUUUUUUCUGACUUUUUGCAGUAUUUAAUUAAAACAUCUGUUUUGUACAUGAA